AUGAAGUUCAAGUUUGGCAAUUUUGAUCUGAAACGCUUUGGAAUGUCUGGUCCUAUUGUCAGAAAUAUCGAUAAAGUCGUGAAAAUCGUCGAAUCUAAACAUCAUGUAAAUAGUGUUUCGGUUGCUCAAGGACUAAACAUUUGGAUGAGGCUGUAUUCAGAAAAAAGUUCAACGUAUGGGCCACGCAAAGUUCAUUUCAUAAGCUCUCCUGGAUCGAAUUUCGAUGUGCGAAUUACUGUUCAAAUGCAACAAAGUCGGCCCAUUUCUGCAGCGAAUGGUGACUGGGCUAAUUGGAUCAAGACUCACCAUAACAUCAAAUGA